GCGAGCGGCGGCGGCGGCGGCGGCCCGGGCCAUGGUGCAGAUCGGCUUCCAGCAGGCGCCGGCCGCGCUCAAGGCGGAGAAGGCGGCGGCGGGCGAUGGGGCGGCGGCGGCGGCCGAGGAGCCGCCUCCGGCGGUGCAGGGCCGGCGGUCAUCGCUCAGCGGGGUGUGCUACCUGACCAUGGGCCUCCUCGUGCUGCUCCUUGGCUUGGUCUUCGCGUCGAUGUAUGUGUACAGAUACUUCUUCGUCGCCCAGCUUCCCCGCGAGAGCAUGUUCCACUGCGGCGUCCUCUACGAGGACUCCCUGUACUCACCGUUCAAAGGGCAGCUGGAGUUGCACGAAGACGUCAAGAUUUACCUUGAGGAGAACUACGAGCAAAUUAAUGUGCCUGUACCCCAGUUUGGAGGAAGUGACCCUGCAGAUAUCAUCCAUGACUUCCAGCGAGGCCUGACAGCUUACCACGACAUAACGCUGGACAAGUGCUACGUCAUCGAGCUGAACACCACUAUGGUGAUGCCUCCACGCAACCUGUGGGAGCUGCUGGUCAACGUGAAGAAAGGGACAUACCUGCCUCAAACGUACAUAAUCCAGGAGGAGAUGAUCGCAACGGAGCACAUCCGGGACAUGGAGCAGCUCGGCUCCUUCAUCUACCGCCUCUGCAGCGGCAAGGAGACUUACCGGCUGAAGCGGAGGAGCGCGAGGCGACGUAUAAGUCGACGUGAGGCUGGGAGCUGUCAUCGCAUUCGUCAUUUUGAAAACACUUUUGUGGUUGAAACUGUUAUCUGCAAGAAGUCAUGAAGCCCCUGUCCAGAUGUACUUUUCCUUGGCUUUGCUUGCACACCCACGCACACACGCUCUCAGCCCUCUCGUCAGACAUAACCCCUCUUGCUUUCUUUUUUCACUCCCUCUCCUGCUUGUGCAGCUCUAACUUCCUGGGUCUGCUGUGGCCUUGCAGCGGAUUCUCUUCUCUCUGUACUACCUACUCGAGACAUUUUGCUGGGCUUAAAUUUAUGCAGUGAUCAAAGAUGACCUGUGAGUAGAAGCAGCCUUCUCAACACCGCAGGGCUGGGGUAACGGAGGAGGCCAGGGGACAGGAGUGCUGGAAGUGGCUGCUCUUUUCCUGACAGUGAUUUACGCUGGCGUAACGCUUUGAGGCUGCCAGGGCGCAGAGACACGAGGUGUACCACAGGAGGAGGAUUGCCGUUUUGAUGCUGCUGUAAUGACUGGAAAUAAGUAAUCAGAUAUGCUGAGGAAACAUAGUUGUGAGGCUACAAACUGUGAUUCGGAAAGCUCAGCAGAUGGGAGGGUGUCUGCCCAACUCUGGUGAUAGCGGUCCCAGCUUGCAGUGUGCUGUCUCCCCAACAGACCAGGUCCCCACCGCAGGAAGCGGCCUCUGCCUGCUCUUUUCAUGGCCGUCUCCUGGACUCCCCCCUUGCUGCCUGGCAGUCUUACCCUGCACGUGGGUCACCCAUGGAGUGUGGUGGGCCCCUCUUGAGCCCUUCACCUGGCUGCUGUAAGGGGAGGCGGAAGGCUAGGGCACAGGGUGAGGAGAUGGAGCAGGAAUGACACAAAUGAAUGUCCCUGCACCCUGGCCAUGAAGCAGAGGACGAGGUGUGAGUCCUCCUCCAUGUCCUUGCUGUGAAGGGACCUGGCUGACUAGGGUGGCACUACCUGGAGGGUACAAUUCCCCAGCCUUUCUUCUAACACACAUCACAUCAUCUGAGGUCUGGGGCAGAUCUGCCCUCACUUUGCCCAAGCAAAUAGGUGAAUCUCGAAGGGAUGUGAGUUGUUGAAACUCCACCAAUGUCCCUUGUCUCAACUGGAGGAGCAGCAGUUCCCUCUAGGCAGGCUCUGUCCUGAGCACCUCCAGCUGCCAGGGAAAGUUGGAGGAGGGAAGACAAGCUACAUUCACACAGAUCUCUCCUCCUGGGUGUUGAGAUCCCACCUGCAGGUUGAUGGGCAUCAUACAUAUGUAGGAAGCGGUGUCAGCAGCAGCACUGGUAGUUAGUGGUGUGUACAGAAGCAGAUUUUUUUUGUUGAUUUUAGAGAGAAAAAGUGUAUUCUUGUAUAGCCCCUCUGAUGAAAGCUGUUUUGAUAAUGAUUACUGCAGCCAUGUUCACACUAUCUGCAGGCGCUGUUGUAGUACAGAUAUGUGUAUAAGGCCAAGAUUCAGCAGAUCAAUACACUGCAGAGAAAUUGUGUGAACAAAACUGCAUUUCUAUUGAUCAUCAGAGAGUGGAAUUGUAGAGUAAUUAUAUAUUCUUCCCUCUGUUCCAUAAAUACAGCUAAAAUUAAUUAGGCUCUUGAAAUGCAGGCAGUUUUUUGGCUUAAAAGAACAGGGUAGAUUUCAAAUUGGCACAAUCUUGUUAAUUGGUUUCCAGCAAAUCCGGACUUGUUCACCAUCUGUUGAAAUGAGUUUACUGUUUCAGGAAGAGGAAGGAAAAGGAAAUGCAAGUACAAUCAUUAACUCAGCAGAACCAAAAAAGCAACUAUAUUAUGGAAUAAAAUUUUUAAGUAAUAAUGAUGUGAGCUAAAUAUAAGAAAAAGAGAAUGGGAUCUCAAAAUGGUCAUCUAGUACAACAGGACUGUGUCCUUAGAGGCUGAGAAUCGAUUUUUGUAUAAUGUAUAGUCAACCAUAAACAUGAAAUUUCAAUAGAGAGAGGAGGAGGCUUUGGUUUUGUUCUGCCUAAAGCUUACUGUAAAAUGAAGAAUCACAAGUGCUCCCUGCAGGCUGGUAAGGAAGGUUUCCCACUGCCAGAGGGACAUUUGCUCUCCUAUAGCGUGGUUCCAAAUACAGCUUGCUCUUUGCUCUAACCUUUCGUUGCAGAGUGGGUGACAAGUGAGGUGGACACUUGGUUCUCGUAGUGGAAGUACAGCAGACUGGUAAAUUUAAGCCCUGCAUUUGUUUUUGUUUCUGGGAGGCUAAGGCUGCACCCGGGCGAGCAUAUGGACCUUCUCCCCUUCCUUCUGGCUCUGCAUGAACUCCCUGGCCACCGAGUACGCUAACUCUGCGCAAUCCCCCGCGGUCAGGAGGGGCCCUAGCUCCCGACGAGGAGCUAACGUUUCACGGGACGAGAAUGCCACCGCCGAGAAAGGGAACGUACAAGCGCUCUGUAUGUUGGGUCUGGUCGGUCUCUUACCUCUUAGGCAACAUCGACGGGAUAAAUAAAAUCUUUUACGUCUGA